AUGGCGCCUCCGAGCAACCUCGGAAAACGUGUCAAGGGCACCCAGGUCUGCCGGCCCUUCAUCUACGGCACCACCGCCAUUCCCUUUGGUCCCGAGAACCCAAAACCGCCCGGCGUGCCUGACGACCACACACACUCGUGGCAGGUCUUCGUCAAGGGCCUCGACGACACGGACGUCACCUACUGGCUCCGUCGAAUCCAAUUCAAGCUGCACGAGUCCAUCCCGAAUCAUGUCCGAAUGAUCGACGCCGAACCCGGCAAACCCUUCGUCGUCAACGAGACGGGCUGGGGCGAGUUCGAAAUCACCCUCAAGCUCUACUACGCCACCGAGUCGGGCGAGAAGCCCCAGACUCUCUACCACCACCUGCGCCUGCACCCGUACGGCCGCACCGAGGAGGAGAAGGAGGAGAUGCGCACCGGCAACGGCGAGGUCCGCGCCUGGAUCUACGAGGACCAGCUCUUCAGCGAGCCCUACGAGACCUUUUACGAAAUCCUGACCUCGGGCGCCCACCCCAAGGGCCACCCCGGCGGUGCCGCCGCCGCUGGUGCUAGUGCUGGUGCUGCUGGUGCCGGCAAGGCGGGGCGGCGGCGGCGGCGCGGGCAAGGGCAAGGCCAAGGCCCUGCCCCCGCUGCCCGACAAGAACGCCCCCGCCGUCUGGGAGCGCACCGCCAUCGUGCCCGCGCACGGCAAGCCCGGCCACGAGUUCAGCCGCGACACGGAGCAGCUCGAGAUCAAGAAGCUCAAGGACGCCCAGGACGCCGCCCAGAAGCUCUGCAACAAGGUGAAGAAAAGCCUAGCGACGACUGCAUCCCCCAGUCGGCGAUGAGCAGUGUGCGCCUUGAAAAGCGCAAAGCCAGCAGCGGCACACGGCGCAAGACGCAAGGUCAGAUGGGAGUUGAAAUUCUUCCUCUGCCGCGCCGUCCACCUCAGGGACGCACGUCCAAGCACACACUCUCGUAUCCUACUUCGGCCGCUUCAUCAAGCAGCUUCUCCGGUCGUGCUUUCGCCAUGACCUGUAUCCAGCCAUUCCGUCCCGUUGUAUACAGAGCAUCGUACGCGUCCUCCAUCUAG